AGGGGCCAAAGGUGUGCGCUCCAGUCAGGUGGCGCCCACACACUGAUCUGUCAGCGCGCAGUUUCGCUCCGGACUGGAGCUGAAGGGGAUGUAGAGCGGCUGGUCGCCACAUCUUCAGAGCGGAUUCAAGCAAGUACAAGACAUGAGUGGUGUCACCGUUUGGGCGGAGGAGGGGGGCAUAUCCCAGGAGGAGGUGCGAUCUUCUCCCUCGUGGUCAGAGGAGCGCUGUGAGGAGCUUUGGGAUCGCGUGGAGGGCGUGCGGCACAAGCUCACCCGCAUCCUCAACCCGGCCAAACUCACCCCGUAUCUGCGCCAGUGCAAGGUCAUCGACGAGCAGGAUGAAGACGAGGUGCUCAACUCCACUCAGUACCCGCUGCGCAUCAGCAAGGCCGGCCGUCUGCUGGACAUUCUGCGCGGUCAGGGCCAGCGAGGUCUUCAAGCCUUCAUGGAAUCGCUGGAGUUCUACCACCCAGAGCAGUACACGCAGCUGACUGGAGAGCAGCCCACGCAGCGGUGCUCCCUCAUACUUGAUGAGGAGGGUCCGGAGGGUUUGACCCAGUUUCUGCUCCUGGAGGUGCGUAAGCUGAGGGAGCAGCUGCGAAACAGCCGCGUGUGCGAGCGCCGCCUGUCUCAGCGCUGCCGCAUGGCGGAGGAGGAGCGCAGCCGCGCUGAACGCAAAGCUCAGGAGUUACGUCAUGACAGGGUGCAGCUGGAGAGGCUGCGACAGGACUGGGAGUCGGCCAGCCGAGAGCUGGGUAAGAUGAAGGACAGGCACCUGGAGCAGGCUGUGAAGUACUCCAGGGCCCUGGAGGAACAAGGCAAGGCCUCCACCCGCGAGAGAGAGCUACUGAGGCAGAUAGAGGAGCUAAGGUCCAGGCUGACAGAAGCAGAGAAACACGAUGCUCCAGGGACUCAUACGCCAGCAAAAAGAAACAGUUUGCUCUCUAAUGGAGUAAACGGCUCUCCACCUGCUUUACCAGAAGAGCCGCUGCAGCCUCCUGAGGUUCAGAAAGCUGAGAAUAAAGGAACUCAUAUGAGGGACUCAGUUCCUGCCAAUGGAGUCAUAGCUCUGAUGGAUAUCCUGCAGCAGGACCGCAGGGAGUCUGCAGAGCAGAGGCAGGAGCUCUGUGAUAUCAUUACCAGACUACAGGGGGAGCUACAGAGCGCUGAGGAGCACAGGGACAAGCUGGAGUCGCAGAGCGAGCAGCUGCAGCUGAAGGUGAGAACUCUCCAGCUGGACUGGGACACUGAGCAGAAGAGGAGCUUGUCCUAUUUCAACCAGAUCAUGGAGCUGGAAAAGGAGAGAGACCAGGCUCUGCACAGUCGAGACAGCCUGCAGCUGGAGUACACCGACUGUCUGCUGGAUAAGAACCGCCUGCGUAAACGCAUUGCGGAGCUGCAGGCCAACCUGGAGCAGCAGCAGAGGGAUCUGGAGAGAGAGAGGGAGAGGAGUCGGGAUCAGGUGAAGCAGAGCAGCCCCUGCCUGCACUGUUCCCACCUGUCCCUGUGCAGCGAGGACCAGUGCUACGGCCCCUGCUGUUCCCUCGGCCUGGACUUGAGACCCCGUCUGCUGCUGCGAAAGGCGCCCUCUAGAGGCCAAGCCAAUGAAAACUCAGAGGCAGACAGACAGACAGAGGAUUCUUGUUGCAAUUCUGAGGAGAAUCUCCUUUUGUCAACAGAAGACAAUGAAAAGGAAAUAAAUCGGCUCUCCACGUUCCCCUUUCCUCCAUGUAUGAACUCCAUCAACCGGCGGUUCAACACAGAGUUUGACUUGGAGUCCUGGGGCAGUGAUGAGAAUGAUAACAUCACAGGUGAGCAGAGUGAAACGUCUUUGUGGGAUUCCUGUAACUCCCUGCACUCUCAUCUCUUCCCCCCUGACCUGGUCAACCUGCCUGCAGUCUCCUCACACCAACCCAACCCCAGCGCUCCCAGGAUACCCCCCAGCUCUCCAUCUUCAAGCCCCCCCGUCUCACCGAAGCACAGAAGAUCCAGUCUAGCUGAUGACAUUGUGAUAGUUGGAGGAAAUCGAACGGGGAUCUUUGUCAGCCAUGUGAGAGCCGGUUCCUCAGCUGAACAAUGUGGGCUGAAGGAGGGCAGUGAGCUGCUGGAGCUGGAGCGGGUUCUGUUUGGUGGGGGCAGUGUGCUGCUGAGCCAGUGCACUGCUGAGGUAGCCCACUUUUCUCUGCAGUGGUGGACCGAGCCUUCAACGCUCAAACACCAGAGCAACCCAGAGGGGUACUCCAAGCUGUGCUCCCAGCUCUCUGCACCUAAUUUUAUGGGUGCUGACUCCUUCUAUGUGCGCGUCAAUCUCAACAUGGAGCCUCUCGGUGACCCGCCGUCUCUGGGUGUGUCCUGUGACGACAUCAUACACGUCACAGACACAAAGUACAAUGGAAAGUACCACUGGCGCUGUUCGCUGGUGGACCCGCACACAGCCAAGCCCCUGCAGGCAGGAACCAUGCCCAACUACAACAGGGCACAACAGUUGUUGCUUGUAAGGCUACGUAAGAUGGCCCUGGAGCAAAAGGACUUCAAGAAGAAGGUGUUCUUGAAGAAAGCAUCUGGACGCGUGCGACUGGUCAAGGCAGUGGACCCCGGCUGCCGUGGGAUCGGUUCCACACAGCAGGUCCUUUACACACUCAGCAAACGUCACGAGGAGCACUUGAUCCCGUACAGCGUAGUGCAGCCGGUGCACGUUCACACCAAGCGGCCGGUCAUCUUCUCCCCCUCUCUUCUCUCUCGUGGUCUCAUAGAGAGGCUCCUGCAACCAGCAGAGUCUGGUUUGAAGUUCAACACCUGCCCACCAGAGCCUAUCCAGGCUUCAGAGAGACGAGACAAGAGAGUGUUCUUAUUGGACUCCUGCAGUCCAGAGCAGGCUCUGGGCAUACGGCUGCAGUCAAUACAGGAUAUCAUCAGCCAGGACAAGCACUGCCUGCUGGAGCUGGGGCUGCACAGUGUUGAGGGCUUAUUAAGACAGGAGAUUUACCCCAUCGUCAUCCAUAUCCGCCCUAAAAACAAGAAGCACAAGAAGCUGAGGAAGUUUUUUCCACGGUGUGGAGAGGACAGCAUAAUGGAGGAGGUAUGCCAGGCCGAAGAGCUGCAGCUGGAGACACUGCCCCUGCUCUACUACACCCUGGAGCCCAGCGCCUGGAGCUGCACUGAUGAGCUGCUGGCAGCCAUAUGCAAUGCCAUCCACAGCCAGCAGAGGGCGGUAGCAUGGGUGGAACUGGAUAGGCUUCAGUAGAGGAGAGAAACUGUGUAGAAAGUGUAUGUUUACUUCAUUUUCCUGUCUUUGAAUAAAGAAUUUGGCAGCUGCCAGCAGGCACCAAACAACAGCCAGGUUUCUAUAAAGGAUUAUCAAUUGUUAGAUCAUCAGUUUUUUCUUCAGAUUCAGCCUAUGUAUGUACAGAUGAACAGGAAUAUUAUAAUUCUCACCUAUAUAGCCAUGCUGGACUGGCAAUAACAGGAGAGUAGUGGGAAAAAAAUUCAAACUAAAACAGAUUUGACCCAGCAAAGACGAUACAUGUCAGCACAGACAUUACUUCACUUACAGUUUUAUUAUAUAACUGAUCACACAAGGUACCCAUUUUUAGGACAUUUGUGUCACCAGGCAUUCAGUCAUGAAGUGAGUGGAAAGUUAAGCUGUGAGGACAUAGUUGAGCUGUGAGGGUAUAGCUGAAGGGGAUGUUGUAAGCAGGGAUGUAGUGGAGAGUACAAAUCUGCAUUUUGUAUUUACAAUAAAGACAGUGUCCUUCUUUUUGGGCUGACAUAAUCUUGAAGAUGUAAACUAAUUAUACAGGUCACACUUAGUAUCAAACUGGUGUAACUGCAGUCAUAUCCACACAGAAUUGUUUAAAUUCAUGACUAGUUUUUAGCUGGGCUGUGUAUGACUGAAAGUCAGCAAGGGCUGCAUUUGUACAAUAUACUGCAACAGAGGCUGUAGAUCACUGUGACCAAAUGAUUUUGUUUUUGAACUGCCAAAUCUUUGUUUUUCGUUUUGUAACCAGUUUAAGAAAUAAAUUAAUCAUAAAAACACGAUUGUGUCACACUUGUG